AUGGAAGCAGCUAACGGAAACCUACCACUGAGCACCCCGCUAAACCGACUGGCCCUUGGUAACUCAAUGCAGAGCAUUAUUGUGCGGCUUAUGAGGCUAUGGGAAGCCAAAAAUUACAUAAGGAAUAGUGAACUGAUGAGUGUAGAUAUGCUACUACUUGAUGAAAAGGAGACAUUCAUCCAAGCAUCAAUACACCACCGCCGUCUAAAACUGUUUAAAGAAAUGUUGGAAGAAGGGAUACUAUUCACUGACAUAACCGAAAUUAGGAGCUUACCAGAUAUAAGUCUACCAAUCAAAAAGGAGAAGUUCAGGCUCUGCUCAUAUGAAGAUUUCUUGUCACUCGCCAACAGCAACAUUGAAUUACCAGAUGUGGUCGGCCAGGUACUUAGUAUUCAAGGCGCUAAUCUUGAUGAUCCGAACUCAAACCAGAAGAUAGUACUUCUGCUCUUAAUGAAGGAGAACUCUAUACUUGAACUCGACGGGCGCAACAAAGUUCUACGUAACCCAAUGCUCGCCAUGGUUGCAAAAUUCAUGAAAACCAUGGGGAUAGAUGCCAAAACAGCACAACCUACCAUUGACAAGAACCCAAAUGCAACAACAGACAUGGUGACGUGGAAUCUGAAACAGAUCACUCAAUACCUUUCUGGUGGAGAUAACAAGGGAAAAGAAGUCAAAUGCAUCGCUAAAAUUGAAGGGAUAUCUGCACGUAACGGCUGGCACUAUGUCUCCUGCGGGAAGUGCUCCAAAAAACUCACCCGCUCAACCACUACCUUUGUUUGCAACAGCUGCAACAAUCCAAAUGCCAUAGGAAUCAUCAAGUAA